AUGGAAUAUCGAAAAGUAUUGCAUGUAUUACUCAUACUAUUAGCAGCGAUGAUUGUAAUAUUUAAUAUUACAACAUCAGCUGAAGCAUUAUGCACAUUAGAAACAAAUGAAAUUACAUUUAUUUACUGCGCUAAUACUAAAGUGUUGAAAUUAUCAAUACAACAAAUCGCUGCUGAAUUUGAACAGACGUGGGAGAUAAAAUUACAGCUAGAAUCAUCCGUUAAUCGGGCAGCCGAUGAGCCAUUAUCAUCCAAGGAAGGUUCCGAAAGAGGUGGGCAUGGAACUGAGCAUCCAUGUUGGCUAUUUCAAAGCGCUGAUUGUAGAAUGUUCGGUGUAUGUGUUGCGUACGCAUGCUCUGGAAAUCUUAUGAGGCAUCUAAGAUCGAGGUGUAUUCCUGAAUCCGUAAUUACUCAGAAGGAAUGA